AUGGGACAAUGCCAUGGGAAGAGAAUUCCUCCACGCCAUAAUGUUGAGGGCGGCGCCACCACUUUUUCCGGCACCGUCCAUGAUCCACCGCCGACACCAGCAAGGUCUUUAGCCGACGUUCUAUUAACGACACCUCGAAGAUUCUUCAAACUGCCAUUCCCUCCCCCUUCUCCGGCGAAGCACAUCAAGGCUUCUCUUGCCAAACGAUUUGGAAAUGUGAAUCCCAAAGAACACACGAUCCCUGAGGAUGAAACUAUAGACAAUGACGAACAACCGUUGGACAAGAACUUCGGUUAUAAUAAGAACUUCGAUUCGCAUUAUGAAUUGGGGAUGGAAAUGGGUCGUGGACAGUUUGGAUACACAUGCGUGGCUCGAGUGAGAAAGGGUGUUCUUAAAGAUCAAGAAGUUGCUGUCAAGAUCAUUUCAAAAUCGAAGAUGGUCACAGCAAUAUCUAUAGAGGAUAUAAGAAGAGAAGUAAAGAUAUUGAAAUCUUUGUCAGGGCACAAGAAUUUAGUCAAAUAUUUCGAUUCAUUCGAGGAUUCCAUUAAUGUUUAUAUAGUUAUGGAAUUAUGCGAAGGAGGAGAACUAUUUGAAAGUAUAAUCUCAAGAGGUGGAAGAAUUGCAGAAUGCCAUGCAAAAGGUAUUGUCAUGCAAAUCUUAAGCGUCGUUUCAUUUUGCCACCUUCAAGGAGUUAUUCAUCGCGAUUUAAAGCCAGAGAAUUUUCUUUUCCAUUCAAAAGAUAAUGAUGGCGACAUGAAACUCAUUGACUUUGGUUUGUCUAACUAUGUUAAACCAGAUGAAAAACUUAGUGACAUUGUGGGAAGUGCAUACUAUGUAGCUCCAGAAGUUCUUCGUAGAUCUUACAAUGUUGAAGCAGACAUUUGGAGUAUUGGUGUUAUAACCUAUGUCUUAUUAUGUGGGAACAGACCAUUUUGGUCAAGAACAGAAUCUGGAAUUUUUAAUUCAAUCUUAAGAAAUAAUCCAAAUUUUGAUGAUCUUCCUUGGCCUACAAUAUCAUUGGAAGCAAUUGAUUUUGUGAAAAGACUUUUGAAUAGAGAUUUCAAGACCAGAAUGACUGCUUCACAAGCUUUGACUCAUCCUUGGUUACUUAAUGAAAACUAUCAUGUUCCUUUAGAUUUAUGGGUUUUUAAGCUUUUGAAGUUAUAUCUUCAUUCUACACCUCUUAAACGUGCAGCACAAAGGGCUUUAUCAAAAGCUUUGACUGAGAAUGAGUUUGUUUAUCUUAGAGCUCAAUUUAUGCUUCUUGAGCCUGAUAGUGAAGGCUUCAUUGGUCUAGACAACCUCAAAAUGGCACUUGCAAGGAAUGCAACCGAGGCAAUGAAGGAAUCUAAGAUCCCCGAUAUUCUUAAUUCGAUUGGUUUCUGGAGAUCAAAAAUGAACUACGAAGAGUUUUGUGCAGCUGCAAUUAGCUCGUGGCAACUGGGGACUCUCAAAAAUUGGAAAGAAAUUGCUUGUAAUGCAUUUAUUCAUUUUGAAUGUGAGGGUAAUCGUGUUAUCUCCGUCGAGGAAUUGGCAUGGGAACUACAUGUUGGCAAAUCGGGUUAUAUAAUCAUGGAAGAAUUGAUUCGAAGUUCGGAUGGGAAGCUUAAAUUUAGGGGAUUUACCGCAAUUUUGGAUGGCCCGAGGAGGAGGUUUUCAAUUGGAUAA